GAACGAAGAGGAAGAGUGUGAAGUAAAAAAACUGAACUAGACCGUACAUACCUUGCUGUCUCGUAUAAUGAAGGCACGCCGUGCGUUAAAAUGAGGCUUUGGAUAAAAAGUCGUCGGUACUGGUCGAUGUUGGUUUAGUCGUUUGAAAGCCUUGGUGUGUGAGGAAUUUCAGCUGGUGCAAUGCAUUUCAUUAGCUGGUGGUUGGAGUCGGAUGACGAUCGGUCCAACAGUACUGACGAGCUAGGAGACAAGGAUUGGAGUACUUGGAACGCCACGUUUGAAAAGAAUCCACCGGCAAACCAAGACUUUCAAACAAUUCGCGCCCUCACCUUAGCAAAAGGGACACUCUUCGAGGAUCCUUAUUUUCCGGCCAAUAAUUUCUCCAUCUACCAGUCGAAUCCACCCCAGAAUGGAGAGCGUCACAUUGAAUGGAAACGGCCGGGAGAAAUUGUAGAACAGCCCAAAUUCGUUACGGAGGGUUAUUCCCGGUUCGAUGUACGCCAAGGUAUUAUCGGUAACUGCUGGUUCAUAUCAUCCUGUGCCACUCUUACCACCCACCCUGAUCUUUUUGAGCGCGUAGUGCCACAGGACAAUGGACAGUUCGACGACGCCAACUAUGCCGGGUUGUUUCACUUCAACUUCUGGAAAUAUGGCCAGUGGGUUGAGGUUAUAGUGGACGAUCGGCUGCCGGUAAACGAACACAACAAGCUGCUCUUCAUAAGCUCCUCCGUAGAGGACGAAUUUUGGGGAGCACUGUUAGAGAAAGCCUACGCAAAGCUGCACGGUUCUUACGAGGCACUAGACGGUGGAACGGGACGAGAAGGAAUGGUCGAUCUUACCGGUGGCAUUACCGAGUACUACACACUGAAAGGCACCGAACCGAUCGAUCUGUUUGACCGGGUGGAACGAAAUCUUGCCCGCAACUCGUUGAUAACUGCUGGUAUUAAUGAAGACGAGAAUGGGCAAUUGGCAUCCGUUAGCUUGGUACCGAAACACGAGUACUCGGUAACGAAGGUGUCGCGGCUGGAUGCGAAGCGUCAUAUGCUAGACUUUGGCGAUGGCAUAACCGAGGAUGUAAGGCUAAUUUGUGUCCGCAAUCCAUGGGGCAGAGGAGAGUGGAGUGGAGCCUGGGGCGAUAACUCCAUCGAGUGGAUAAUGGUGAACGAUGAGAAGAUGGCGGAACUGAACAUCGUGCAGGAAGAUGGCGAGUUUUGGAUGAGUUUUAAAGAUUUUGUAAAAUAUUUUAACGAUAUCAGUGUGUGCUACCAGUGUCCGGGUAAUAUGAGCGAGGAGCUAAAAACACGAUACCCUUGGGAAAUGGUGACCCAGGCUGGAGAAUGGAAGCUUGGCAGCACAGCAGGUGGAUCGGACGCCAAGAGUUUCUGGAGGAAUCCACAAUACUUUCUCAGCAUUGGAGAAAAUUAUUUGGAUAAAGAGGAGUACAGUGCGCCUAGCUUAAGCCUUACGAUUGGAUUAAUGCAAAAGCACCAUCGUGCUAAAGGGAUCAGCUUCUUGUCGAUGCGAGUGCUUGUUUAUCCCAUACCAGACCACGUAACUAUUAACCAUCGAUCGUUACCGGGUGCGUUCUUCGAAAAUGUUGCGCCCGUAGAAGCCGAAGCCGAUUUCCAGACGGCCCGUGAAAUUGUGACCCGAUACACACUACCACCCGGAAGGUACGUCAUUGUCCCACAUACUUGGAAACCACACCAAGAGGCAGAGUUCUUGUUACGCAUGUUUGCCGAUGGACGCCUAGACAAGGUGUGUUACUGUGCCGGGUGAUGUGAUAAGAUAGUUUAAUUAAUUGACGAUCGUUGUAUCCACCGGACACGAAAUGACACCAACACGUGUGACAGAAAUAGUUAUUUGCAGGGAAAAGAAAUUACUCACUGUACGAAAUGGAAUGUUAUGUCCCACGCGUUUGUCGAACUUUUUUUAAUUAAAAUAAAUGUAUUUUUAACACUGUAAAUCCACCUUAA